AUGUUGCUGUUGUUCACCUUGGCCAUAAUAGCCACCACUUUGGCCAAAGAUGUCACCCAAGAUACCGUCACCCACGGUGCCACCGAUACCAGUGGCAUUGGAUACCUUCACCAAGACAUCCAUUGGUCGAUCUUCGAUAAUCCCGAAACCACUUUCACUGACAGUUUCUACAAUUACGGUGGGAUCUUCCACGUCGGUCAAGACCACAGCACCGAUAGUACGGUGUUAACUAUGACCAGUGACGAUGACAACGGGAAUUUCGUCAACACCGGGCUGUUUAGUUACAAUUCUCCCCAAUCACCAUCGUUCACUAUUAACUAUGCAGCAUUCCAGAACUAUGGUGAUAUGUGGUUCAACAGUACCACCACCCAAACCAUCUCCCAGAAACUCCUCGAAGGACCCUAUUGGUUGAAUAUGGGACUGAUAAUGUUCCUGGCUGAUUCCAGAGACGGGUCGGGGGUUACUUUGGGGACCAGGGACAAUUCAAUAGAAAACCAUGGAACCGUUUGUUUGAUCCACGAGAAAUACACCCAGUCCAAUGUCAUUACUGGUGAUGGAUGUUUCGAUAUCGGAGAGGCCUCCAAUGUUCAAUUGUUCCCACAAGAGUUACUUGUGGAUACCCAGAUGGCUUUCCAUUUGAGUACACCAUCAUCCACACUUAAGAUCAAUGGUUUAGGUGGGGACAGGGAAAUGAAGGUGUCAGGAUUCGGAGGUGGUAACGUCAUAGGUUCAGGGUCAAGUUUAUGGAGUUUUGAUUACGUCAGUCCAAUCUUAACUAUGGCCAAUGGAGCUGGUACUAUAGCUACGUUGAAUAUUGGGUCAGGGUAUGAUAGACUGUUGUUUCUGAUCACUACCACGUACUUUGGUGAGCCAUUUUCAGGGUUCAUGCGUGAUAAUGGUGUCACUUAUAGUGGAGCACCUCCUAAUGGUAAAGCUGCUGGGUGUGGGGAGUGUAAGCCAUAUCCUUCAGUGUUUGGGUUGGAUGUUGAUGGAAGUUCUAGUGAGAGUAGUGAAAGUUCUAGUGAGAGUUCAUCUGAGAGUUCAUCUGAGAGUUCAUCUGAGAGUUCAUCUGAAAGUUCAUCUGAAAGUUCAUCUGAAAGUUCAUCUGAAAGUUCAUCUGAAAGUUCUAGUGAAAGUUCAUCUGAAAGUUCUAGUGAAAGUUCUAGUGAGAGUUCCAGUGGCAGUGAAAGCAGUGAAAGCUCAAGCCAAUCUGCCUCAACCAUCUCCAGUUCCAUUGAAAGUACCAGCGAAUCUUCAAGUGAAGUUGCCAGUUCAUCAGACAGUUCAAGCUCUCCAGAGUCCAGUGCACCAACUGCCAGCUCCCAAUCAUCAACUUCAGAAUCCUCAGAGUCCUCGUCCUCAACUCAAGCAAGUUCAACCGAUUUUAGUUCUACCACCGCUACAGAUUCAACAACUAAUGCCACGUCAGAUGCCUCAAUAGCCUCGGGAGCCUCAAUAACCUCCCCUGCUUCGUUAGUCUCCCCUGCCUCGUCAGCCUCGUCAAGUGUAUCAUCAAGUUAUUUGUACUGGAAUCAAACUACGGAAUCUUCAGUGGUUUUCUCCACUGUCCCUUCCACUACCAUCAUCACCAUAACAUCCUGUUCUGACAAUAAGUGUACCGAAGUUCCAGUUACCACGGGUGUGCUCACGGUUAAAGAUGCCACUACAACUUACGUCACCUACUGUCCUAUUGAGCCACAAACCACCGUAACUUGUAACAAUGGAUGUGGUGAAGCCAUUGGGUCAACUUUAGCCACUGUAACCCCUCCUACAGUAAUAAUCCAACAAACAUCUGUAACACCUGUUGUUUGUCAAGGUGGUGAAUGUGAGUCUCAAACUCCAAAAACGUCAACUCCAACCGAGACUGGAGCCGUGGUGACAACCAUAGCGUCAGUAUCGACAGGUUUUUCGACAGGAAGUUCUACCAUCGCCCCUGUGGUGGUUCAAGGCAGUGGAUCGAUGGUCCAACCAGUGGGAUUGAUGAUGAUGAUGUUACUUUUAUAA